AAAAUCUAACUAGAACUGACUUAAAAAGCAAGGAAGUUUAUCAGUUCAUGUAGAAGAAAGUCCAGAGACAGGAUGUGCUGUUGGGUUGGCUCGUCAGGAGAUUCAACCAUGUCAUCAAGUACUUUCCUCCUGUCUACUUUGUAGGUACAGUGUUGAAUUUAUCCUAAGUGUUGUUCUACCAGAUGUAGUGUGGCAUAUUUAUUCACUCAUGACCAGAGGGGGAAAAAGACUCGUACUUUCUGUGGCUCUUCAAACAGAAGAAGAAGGGAAUGCUUACAAAACACCAAAAACUUCCUGGCUUCAAGAUUGUGUUUUGUCCUUAUCUCCAACCAACGAUCUUAUGGUUAUAGCUCGGGAGCAAAAGGCUGUAUUUCUAGUGCCAAAGUGGAAAUACAGUGACAAAGGAAAGGAAGAAAUGCAAUUUGCAGUUGGUUGGAGUGGUUCUUUAAAUGUUGAAGAAGGGGAAUGUGUAACUAGUGCUCUGUGUAUCCCACUAGCAAGUCAAAAGAGGAGUUCCACUGGACGUCCUGACUGGACCUGCAUCGUGGUGGGUUUUACUUCAGGUUACGUACGUUUCUAUACCGAGAAUGGUGUACUCUUGCUUGCACAGCUUUUGAAUGAGGACCCAGUGCUUCAGCUUAAAUGCAGGACCUAUGAAAUCCCCCGACAUCCUGGUGUGACUGAGCAGAAUGAAGAGUUGAGUAUCUUAUAUCCAGCUGCCAUUGUGACUAUUGAUGGGUUUAGCCUUUUCCAGUCUCUUCGUGCUUGUAGAAAUCAGGUAGCAAAAGCUACAGCAUCAGGCAAUGAACACAUACAGCCACCACCCUUAGCUUAUAAGAAAUGGGGUCUACAAGAUAUUGACACUAUUAUUGAUCAUGCAAGUAUUGGUAUUAUGACUCUGUCCCCCUUUGAUCAAAUGAAGACUGCCUCCAAUAUUGGUGGAUUUAAUGCAGCAAUUAAAAACAGUCCACCUGCCAUGUCUCAGUACAUCACUGUAGGGUCCAAUCCAUUUACGGGCUUCUUCUAUGCUUUAGAGGGAAGCACACAACCAUUAUUAUCUCAUGUUGCACUAGCAGUUGCAAGUAAACUCACUUCUGCUUUAUUUAAUGCUGCCAGUGGUUGGCUUGGUUGGAAAAGUAAGCAUGAAGAAGAAGCUGUCCAGAAGCAAAAGCCGAAGGUUGAACCAGCUACUCCAUUAGCUGUAAGAUUUGGACUUCCAGAUUCUAGACGGCAUGGUGAAAGCAUAUGUCUGUCUCCAUGUAACACACUGGCAGCAGUAACUGAUGAUUUUGGGAGAGUUAUUUUAUUGGAUGUAUCUAGAGGGAUUGCAAUACGCAUGUGGAAAGGCUACCGUGAUGCACAAAUUGGAUGGAUUCAAAUUGUAGAAGAUCUCCACGAAAGGGUACCAGAAAAGGUGGACUUUUCCCCCUUUGGAAAUACUCAGGGUCCAAGUCGAGUAGCUCAGUUCCUCGUGAUUUAUGCCCCACGAAGGGGAAUUCUAGAGGUGUGGAGCACACAGCAGGGACCUAGAGUAGGAGCUUUCAACGUGGGAAAGCACUGCAGGUUACUGUAUCCUGGCUAUAAAAUAAUGGGCUUGAAUAAUGUUAUCAGUCAGAGUUGGCAGCCACAGACUUACCAGAUCUGUCUUGUGGACCCUGUGUCUGGAAGUGUGAAAACGGUGAAUGUUCCUUUCCAUUUGGCACUGAGUGAUAAGAAGAGUGAACGAGCCAAGGAUAUGCAUUUAGUGAAGAAACUGUCAGCCUUAUUGAAAACGAAAUCUCCCAAUCUUGAUUCAGUUGAAACAGAAAUAAGGGAAUUGAUUCUUGAUAUUAAGUACCCUGCAACCAAAAAACAAGCUUUGGAAAGCAUUUUGGCAAGUGAACGCUUACCAUUUUCCUGCCUUAGAAACAUCACCCAGACUUUAAUGGAUACUUUGAAAAAUCAAGAGCUUGAGUCUGUUGAUGAAGGAUUGCUACAGUUUUGUGCUAAUAAGCUGAAAUUGCUGCAUCUUUAUGAAUCUGUCAGUCAAUUAAAUUCCCUUGAUUUUCAUUCGGACACACCAUUCUCUGAUAAUGACUUGGCUUUGUUACUAAGGCUUGAUGAAAAGGAGCUGCUCAAGCUCCAGACAUUAUUAGAGAAAUAUAAGCAAGAGAGCAUCAGGACUACUGUGAGAUUUUCUGAUGAUAAGGAUGGUGUGUUGCCUGUAAAAACAUUCCUGGAACAUUUAGAAUAUGAGAAAGAUGUGCUCAAUGUAAAAAAGAUAAGUGAAGAGGAAUAUGUGGCUUUAGGCAGUUUCUUUUUUUGGAAGUGUUUACAUGGAGAAAGCUCCACUGAGGAUAUGUGUCAUGCUUUGGAGUCAGCUGGACUUAGCCCUCAGCUCUUACUGUCUCUACUCCUGAGUGUUUGGCUUUCUAAGGAAAAAGAUAUUUUGGAUAAACCGCAGUCUGUCUGCUGUCUUCAUACAAUGCUGUCCCUCCUGAGUAAGAUGAAAGUGGCCAUUGAUGAGACGUGGGAUUCCCAGUCUGUUUCCCCUUGGUGGCAGCAGAUGCGCAUGGCCUGUAUUCAGUCUGAGAACAAUGGAGCUGCUCUGUUAUCUGCACAUGUUGGGCAUUCUGUUGCUGCACAGAUAUCGAACAAUAUGGCAGAGAAAAAAUUUUCCCAAACAGCUUUGGGUACUGAUUGGGAGGCGCUCACUGAUUCCUGGGAGGCCCUUUCCCUUGACACUGAGUACUGGAAGCUGCUGCUGAAACAGCUGGAGGACUGUCUCAUCCUCCAGACUUUGCUCCAUAGCAGAAGAAGUCUUCCAGCCUCCAAAGUGUCUGCACUGCAGGCUGAGCCGCUUCCAAGGCUUUCUGUUAAGAAACUACUAGAAGGAGGAAAAGGUGGCAUUGCAGACAGUGUGGCCAAGUGGAUAUUUAAACAGGACUUGAGCCCUGAUGUAUUAAAACUGGCUAAUAAGGAAAAAGAUUUAGAAAAUCCAGAUGAACCCAAAGAAGGUAUUAACAGAGGUUUCCUUGAGGUGUCAGAGGUGGAGAUGGACUUGGGAGCCAUACCAGACCUGCUGCACUUAGCCUAUGAGCAGUUUCCUUGUAGCCUUGAGCUCGACGUGCUGCACGCACAUUGCUGUUGGGAGUAUGUUGUUCAGUGGAAUAAAGAUCCAGAGGAAGCACGUUUUCUUGUUAGGUCAAUAGAACACUUGAAGCAUAUUCUUAAUGCACCUGUACAGAAUGGUAUUGCACUGAUGAUGUGGAACACAUUCUUGGUUAAAAGGUUUUCUGCUGCUGCAUACUUGAUGGAUAAGGUUGGAAAAUCCCCAAAAGAUAGGCUAUGCCGAAGGGAUGUGGGGAUGAGCGACACAGCAGUGACAUCUUUCCUUGGCUCCUGUCUGGAUCUUCUUCAGACGUUAAUGGAGGCAGAUGUUAGCAGGGAUGAAAUGCAGGCGCCUGUCCUGGACACAGAGGAUGCCUGGCUUUCUGUGGAAGGCCCCAUCUCGAUAGUGGAGCUGGCCCUUGAGCAGAAGCACAUCCACUACCCGCUGGUGGAGCACCACUCCAUCCUGUGCUCCAUCCUGUACGCAGUCAUGAGAUUCGCUCUGAAGACUGUGAAGCCACUUUCACUUUUUGACAGUAAGGGAAAAAAUGCAUUUUUUAAAGACCUAACUUCAAUUCAGUUAUUACCUAGUGGGGAAAUGGACCCAAAUUUUAUAUCUGUACGGCAACAGUUAUUAUUGAAAGUUGUUAGUGCAGCUGUCCAGACCCAACAUUCAAUUGCAAAGGACAGAGAUCACUCAGAAGAGGCAAUAAGCACUUCUUUUGAGAAGGACCAAGAUUGGCCAGUUCUGGCUGUGGAUUUAGCUCAUCACCUUCAAGUUAAUGAAGAUAUUGUUAGAAGGCAUUAUGUGGUAGAACUCUACAACUACGGAGUUGACCACUUAGGAGAAGAGGCCAUACUACAAGUCCAUGACAAAGAGGUCCUUGCCUCUCAGCUGCUGGUGUUGACUGGGCAAAGACUGGCUUAUGCACUCCUCCAUACCCAGACCAAAGAGGGAAUGGAACUGCUUGCCAGACUUCCACCCACACUCUGUACUUGGCUUAAAACAAUGGACUCCCAGGAUCUUCAAAACACUGAAGUGCCAAUCACAACAACAGCUAAACUAGUAAAUAAAGUAAUAGAGCUUUUACCAGAAAAACAUGGGCAGUAUAGUCUAGCCUUACACCUCAUUGAAGCUGUGGAAGCCAUAGCUAUUCCUUCUUUAUGACAUUUAGCUAUUAAAAACAGUAACACAGUUGUGUGACUAUAAUAUGAAUUAGUGCAUGGUUAUUUUACAUAGUGAGAGCUGGAAUUUUAAGGUAUGUGUUUUUCUUUUGUAAACUAAAUGAAAAUACAUUUAACUUUUAAAAAGUGCCAUCCUGGCUAAAUUCCACCCCUUUGGUUAAUAUUGAAGAUAAACUAUAAAGAUGUAUCAACUAUGCUAUAGUUACUGAUACAGAGGUUUUACUCUUUAUUUUUAAUUCAAACACUUAAGUAGUUUUAUUGUUAAAUUUUGGUAUUUAAAAUUGGUUAUAAUUUACAGAUUAUGUUCCUAUUAUGAAAGUCUAUAUUUCAUAUAUAAAAUAUUGUAAUUAAAUUUAAAUGUGUUUAUGUACAGACUGUAUUCGUAAAGUUAGAGAGACAUCCCCCUCUCCUUUAAUAAAUGUUGAGAACAUG